AUGUCCAUCUCAUCUCUUAUCGGCGGCGGCGGUGACACAGGUGCACUCAACCAAACAGCGCAAUCUCAGCCUUCGCCUCCCACCAACGCCCCAGUACCCAACGGCCACAGCAUGCAGCCACCUUCGCCUCGACGUGGCCUGCCCGCUGGUUCACGAUCGGAUUUCCCUCUGUUUCGCCGUCAACCCACCCCAGAACGCAACAUGUACGGCAGCAAUACCUCGCGACCAUCUGAAGGUCAUGCCUUCUCGGCCGGCUCACCGAGACAGUCCUACAGCAACCAUGGCUCGCCUGAUCCGGGCCGCCAGUCGCUGCCACCAACGACACAACCCUACAAGCCCAUGAACUUCGCCGGCCACCGCCCCUAUGCGCAAGAUACAGCUCGACAGCCUGCCGGGAAUGUCCCACCCCGACCGAAUAGCCAACCGAUGGGCCCUCUGGCAAACACCGAACAAGAGGGCAGAUCUUCGUACGACGGAUUUCCAGGCCGGCGCAACGCUUAUGGGCCAAACGAGGAGCGGCGACGCACACUGGGGGAGUCGCAUCACGCAAGGCCCAAUGCUGCAGAACUCUUAGCAGGCACAAACCACAAUGCUUCUGAGAGGGAUCGGCCCGUGACUGUUCACCCUGUGUCGCAGUCUGGCUUCAGUCCACCUCAGGCGCAGCGCAACAUCUCUGGCUCAUCCGAACCUCCACGCAGUGUGUGGCGGCAAUCAGCGCCCACUGGUACUGUCCAUGAACCUCCUCACGACAGUCGCGCAGAGGAACCUCCGCCGAUGCAUCGCACCUAUGGCCCGUACCCCCCAUCCAUGCUGGGCGCUCCCCGAUACGGCGCCCAAAGUUCAGAGGAUAUGUUGCGACGCAGUGUAGACCAGUUGGGCCAUCGCGUAGUCGAGCAGUACCACGCUCCUCCCACCUCCGACCCCAACUCCCUAGACCGACAGAGGACCGAGCCACUCGCACGCUCUCUAUCCUCCAGCGGAAGAUCGCUCUACGAUCAGCCUUCCAGGAUGGGUGAGGCUAUGCAACACUCGAAAUCGCACAUUGGCUUUGGUUUGGAGGCGAGCAGACGAACGGGCAGAGCGUCUCCGCUUCCACAGGCUGUUCAAGGUGCCUCGGCGCAGCCCUUGUCCGUUGGCAAAGAUCCUGGAAUCAAGAGCGAAUUCGGGCGCAUGUUCUCCGGUCUCGGCAGCGGGCUGGGAUCGACGACCCCAUCGCGGGGAAGUCCCAUGCCACAGAACGGCCAGGGCUCAUUCGAAUCGGACAACGGCGAAAUGAUGAGAAGAAUUGGGUCACAGCAAGGAAGGAAGCCGAAGCGAGUCAAGGAUGAGGAGGGGAUCUUCGACAUCGAGAAUGCCGAUGGUAGAGGAACACCCGGUGCGCUAACAAAGAUCCUGAACAAGGUCCAUGAUGUACAGCCUGUUCUUGACGACGCUGCGAAACGCCCUCGCAAACAUCUUGGAUCACAGCUGUACGAUGCAAAGACAGAGCUGCCCAAGCCCAACUCAUCGCUAGAUGACCAGUUCGGAUACGCCUCGAAACCUCAACGGCUGCCUCGUUUCGACGUCAAUCCCAUCAAUUGCACCUUUACUAUCAGAGUGCCGCGUUACUACCUGAAGCCACGACAACGCCAGCACGUCGUGUUAGAGAGGCAUCUUUGGGGUGCGCGCGUGUAUCGGGACGAUUCAGAUCCUAUUGCUGCUGCGAUCCACUCUGGAUGGAUCCGUGGUGAAUGGGAUGAGACUGUCGACGUCACUAUGCUCGACCCACGCAUCACUGCGCCCAACGACCCAGCCGAUGCUGCCGACGUUUUAACAAAGGUGCCAGCGGCCCCUGUGACACCACCCGCCGAUAUGGACUUGCAGAUUGAGAUUCUCAUCUUGCCGCAACUUCAGGAGUACACCGGUUCGGUCGAAUAUGGCAUCUCGAGCAGGAAGAGCAAGGCUCACGAGGGUCUCAGCUUCAUGAUCAAUAAGAUUCGAUGGGUUGAAGAAGGCAUCGGCAGCCGAGGACAGGAACGAACAGCGGCAGCAUUGAAGCGGCGAUUGGAUGCCAGCGCGACUCUGCUUGCUUUGCAAAGGGGUAUCGACAACACCCACAGGGUCAAUGGCAUGACCAAACUGCAUGCUUGA